CAACUUUCAUUAAUAUUUAGUUAAGAUGGCGGUUGUUGUCUUGGAAAAUGUACUUCCUUUUACAUGCAAUUUGCAUCUUAUCGGUCGAAUAUAAUAUAUUAGUCUGAUAUUUUCGUCGAUUAAUUAUAAACUAUGAGUUUUAACAAUUAGGGAGUGGCGUUAAAUCACCACACUCACAAUAUUUAUAAAAAAAUUGAAAUUAUAAAUAACGCGGCAUAAGACCGCGUAUUUGUUAGCAAAACGUGCUGUGAGAUGAAUAUGUGUAUUUACUUGUUAUAAGCAAGUAUAUUCGGGAUUAAAGUACUGUAUAGAAGUGAAAUGCUAUGACUCAGUUUAGUUUUCGUUAAAAAGCAGCUCCAUGAAUUCUCUCCAAUAAAAAAUAUUUUAGUUUGAUAACAAUGGGUGAAACUGAGGAAUUUAAUACUUUAACCUUUGAAAAAAAGCUUGUACAGCUAAAGGAUACUCAGGAGAGUAUCCAGUCACUAUCAUCUUGGUGCUUAAAGCAGAGGGCACAUCAUAAGAAAAUUGUUUCAAGCUGGUUAAAUGUAUUGAAGAGGGUUAAGGUUGAGCAGAGAUUAGUUUUGUUUUAUCUAGCAAAUGAUGUUAUACAGUAUAGUAAGAGGAAGAAUUACGAGUUUGUGGAGAGCUGGGGCCUUAAUCUACAAAAAGCAACUCCGCUAGUCAGAGAUGAGAAAGUUCGUACCAAGAUCCUACGUAUAUUUAAGAUCUGGGAGCAACGUGGUGUGUAUGAUGAUGAGUUUCUUUCCGAUCUCACGGGACUACUUAGUGCGGGCGCUAUCAAAAAGACUGAUGAUGAUGCUCUGGAAUUUCAGCCACAGCAACUAGUGAAUAAAAUAAAGCAAUGUUCUGUGUUAGAAGCCGAUACAGAUUUGAGGCUUAAAUAUAUUCAUGAGAGCCAUUUGCAGCUGUCCGAUGCUGAUGCGUUAUGUGCUAGUCUUAAAGAUAGAAGUCAUAAGGAUGAUGUGGAAAAGGAGCUCAAUGAAGGCAUAGCGUGCGUGGAGCGGUACACGCAAGCGCUGCAGCGCGAGAUUGUAGCGAGGGAAGCGCUGCUUGCUCUAUUGUCAUCGGCGAAUCAGUACUACUCGACGCAACGCGGUGAAGUCAAAGUCGUGGCUUAUGCGUACAAGAACUUUGGCGCUCGCGUUCGUGCACUAAAACGUAAACUGGAUGAGCUGACGCCCCGGCUGCCGUCGGCGGCCCCGUCGCCGCCUCGUCGCGACGAGGACGUACCGUCACCCUCCCCUGACGAGGACCUAGAGCUUCCGCCAUCAACACACUCGGGCCAGAACAACGACACCAGAGACACGGUCGACGAAGCAGAAGACGGGGCUGAUGACAUUGCAUACAACAUUGAUCGCACAUUCAACUCUUCAAUAGCAGCUGACGGUUCCCUCUAUAAUUUGGGGCUGUCCUCGUUCCUUACGUCCGAUAAUCCUUUGUCAAUGUUCAACGACUCGACGGAUAUGAACGUGAAUAAUAACGCAAAUAAAAUAGAAGUAAUAAAUAAUAGACCAUCUGAGAAGCAAGAUUUUAAUAUAAAUGAUUUCCUAAAAAAUUUGAUACCAAAUGAUACCAAUUUGGUUACGUCAGAUAAUAAUUCAGUGACCAGUGGUACAAUGUCACAGAAGUCUCAAGAUACACUUCCCGGAUUAGACCUGUUGACGCCGGAAAGUACUGGCAACCCACCGCCGCCGACCUCGUUCUAUGGCACUAUGGACAAUAUUAUUGACCUGGAUCCGGAUCCUGCCCAGCCUUAUCAUCCAGAGACAAAUUCUGUAUGGAACAACACAUCCUGGAUGCCGUCGGGUCCGCCGCCGGUGCCUCCGGUGUCGGUGCCGGCGCCGGUGCCGCCGCCGGGCGCGGUGUCCGGCGCGGCGCCGGCGCAGCAGUCCCCACGCGCUAUUUUCACUGACACGCCGGAAUCGCCGCCGCCCGCGCCGCUAGCGCCACCUACAACACUGCUGCAGCCGUUACAUUUCACGCAGAAAUUGCCGCCACCAUCCGACGUUGACCACAGAGGGCUGUUACCACCCCCUCCUCCGCCUCCCGUUUUACCUAUCCUUGGUCAUGGCGAAGACGUAGAUCAUAGGUUUUUGCCAAACGUUCCACCUCCACCACAAAUUGCAGUCAAUAGACAUCCGGUCGCGCAUCAAGAUGUGGAUCAUAGGAAUUUAAUAUCGUUAACACAUCAGCCGUCGGCUCCACCUAGACCUGUCAACCCUGGUCUGCCGAGGCCUAUUAAUCCCGUUAACUUGGACCAGGAUUACCGGGUACCUCCAAUGAUCACCCCGAGCGACAUAGUCGAGAGUGUUGAUAUGGACUUAUCUGAAGAUGAGGAUCAACCAGGUAUGUACCCCAACCAGUCCACCCAGAACGAGAGAAGGCACAGUUUCAACAACAACAAGGUUUUGGUGGGCGGUGACAAUGGAAAGACAAAUAUUAAGGAAUCAAACCACAAUCUCAUACAAAUAAAUAGUUCGAACAACGGUCCGCAAUCGGCGCCUGUCAUAAACCCAUUGUCGAAUCCAUUCGAUAACAUGCCCCCCAGCCUUAAAAACUUCAAUAUGUCAUUUCAAAAUCCUCCAAAUUUUCCGCCAAAUAACAGAGAAUUCAAAAAUCCAGAGGAGAACUCCUCUGAAACGCCGUACGAGGAGGACUUGAGAAGCAGGGCUUUAGAAAAAGGCCCUGAAGAAAGAAUACCAUCUCCCGAAGUGAGUAACAUGAACUCACCACCACCACAAUUCGACGAGUUCCAGGUGAAUAUGUGGGAAAACCCACCACCUAGACCAUUUACAAAUCAAAGGUUUCCCAGGAAUUGGGGACCACGGACUUUCAGGCCCCCAGGGUUUCAGCCCCAGUUUUGGCCCAGGAAUGUCCCAAGGCCACCGAACCGAUGGCCCGGGCCCAGACAGCAAAGAUUUUGGUGAUCUGUGAUAGUGUUGGAUAUAUUUAUAUUGACAAUUCAACUGUUAGUGCACUGUUUGGAUGAUUGGUGUGAAAGAGAUUGAAAUAUUAAGCCUCAAUAGCAAGUUAGUAAACUCAAAAACUAUACUCUGUUUUUCUUUACUAAGCAUUUAUAUAAAAAUGUUCGUAUUCAUUAUCUAUUAGUUGUCUAGUACCUAAAGUACAAGCUCUGCUUGGUUUGCGACUAGAUGGCGCUGUAUGUAAUAUAUAUAU